AAAGAUUCUCAUUCUGUUUUUCCAUUGCUUACUAGUAUACAUACAAAAUUAUUAUAUCAAAUUAUAUAAGACUCAUAUUUAAUUGACUAAUAGCAAUAUUAACACAUGCUGGUUCUGCCAUCUAUCAUUAAAGGUUAUACCUUCAGUUUCGUUAACUAUUAUUAUACCUGCCAAAAAUAACCUAUUAUUAUUAAAAAAAGAAUCCAAAAUUAACACCAAAAAAAUCCGGUCAAAAUGGAAAAAAAUCAACCACAAUUAAAAAAACUUCCAAACAUAGUCCUGACACACCCUAUAUAAAUUAAAACCAUAUAAUCAUCCCACAUCUCAAACCAAAACCACCCAAUUCAACGAUGGAGUCUACAAAAUCCAAUAUUAAGAAUGAAAGAUGGUUGAUUUUUGUACUGGGAGUGGUAUUGUUGAUUUUAGGGGAAUGCAGUACGUGCAUAGCAGUAGGAGGUGAAAAUGAUCACAAGAACAAGGAUGGUCAAGUUGUGUGUAGUUCUCGUAAACACAGCGCAGUUUUGACUGAGUUCGGUGGCGUAGGCGAUGGAGUUACUUUAAAUACUAAGGCUUUCAAGGCUGCCGUUGAUCAUCUCAGCCCUCUCGCAUCGGACGGUGGUGCACAGCUCAUUGUUCCUGCUGGAAAAUGGUUAACUGGAAGUUUUAACCUCACCAGUCAUUUCACUCUUUUCCUCCAUAAAGAUGCCGUUAUUCUUGGUUCUCAGGACGAGUCAGAAUGGCCACUAGUGGAGCUUUUGCCUUCUUAUGGAGUAGGAAGGGAUGCCCCCGACGCAAGGUUCAGUAGUCUGAUUUACGGAACAAAUCUCACUGAUGUCGUUAUUACUGGUCAUAAUGGGACCAUCGAUGGGCAAGGUGCACCAUGGUGGGCUAAGUUCAAAGCUGGUCAGCUAAAUGCAACGAGGCCUUACAUCAUUGAGAUUUUGUACUCUGAUCAAGUCCAAAUCUUUAAUCUCACUUUGAUUAAUUCUCCUUCUUGGUUUGUUCAUCCCAUUUACUGCAGCAAUGUAAUUAUCCAAGGACUCACAAUUCUUGCCCCAGUUACCGUUCCUAACACAGAUGGAAUAGACCCAGAUUCAUGCACAAACACUAGAAUCGAAGACUCCUACAUAGUCUCCGGCGACGAUUGCAUAGCCGUGAAGAGCGGUUGGGAUCAGUACGGAAUCAAAAUGGCAAUGCCAACCCAACACCUCGUCAUCCGACGUGUCACCUGCAUAUCACCUGACAGCGCCGCCAUCGCACUGGGAAGCGAAAUGUCCGGCGGAAUCCAAGACGUAAGAGUCGAAGACAUCACUGCCCUCAACACUCAAUCCGCCGUGAGAAUCAAAACUGCGCUGGGUCGCGGUGGCUACGUCAAGGACAUCUUCGUACAAAGAUACAUCAUCGACACCAUGAAGUACGUGUUUUGGAUGACCGGCGCAUACAACUCACACCCCAAGGGUUUCGACCCGAAAGCAAUGCCGGUGAUAAGCAACAUAAACUACCGCGAUUGGGUGGCCAAAAACGUGACUUUUCCGGCGAAACUCGACGGAAUAAUUGGAGACACAUUUAAGGGGAUUUGUAUUUCGAAUGUGAAUAUGACAUUGGCUGAACCGGUACAGAAAUUGUUGUGGAAUUGUACCAAUGUUGAAGGGCAUACCAGUAAUGUUAUACCUAAGGCGUGUGAUUUGUUGCCUGAGAAGCCAGCCAAGUUUGAUUGCCCUUUUCCUCAGGAUAAGUUGCCCAUUGAAGAUGUUGCUUUAAAGACUUGUGCUUAAUUAAAUCUUAACUAUUAUAAUUAGUUUGCUUUUUCAUUAGUGAUAUUAUAAAGAAAAAAGCAUUUUGUAUUUAUAUAAAUAUAAUAUAUAUUGAUCCAAAUGAAGAAAACAAAUAUACAUGCUUUGUUGGCAUGGCUAUUCAUUGCUUUCUUCAACAAUUGUAUU